AUGUCGUCUGAAGACAAGAAGGUCGUUAUUGAAGAACAUCAACUGUCGUCCAUCUCCAUCACAGCUAGAAUUCCGGAAUUUUGGAAGAAGUCGCCUAGAACAUGGUUUAUCCAAGCAGAAGCAGUUCUAAAUCCUCAGAAGAUGUCCGACGAAUCAAAGUACCAGGUCCUUAUUUCAAAAUUAUCCCCGGACGUAGUUGAGCAAGUUACACAGAUCCUUGUGGAGCCCCCUGAGAAAAAUAAAUAUGAGACCUUGAAGAAUAAGCUGAUAUUUAUAUAUCAAGAAUCCGAAGAGCGGCAAGUAAAAAAACUCAUUGGCGAAAUGGAAUUAGGCGACCAGAAAUCAUCACAAUUACUAAGAAAAAUGCAAGACCUAGCCAGGGGACGAGUAAAUAACGAAACCCACCAUUAA